CAGCGCCACGAAUUGCUCGCCUCGUCUCCCUCUCCCUUCGACCCCGCCUCGUCGUGGUCGUGGUGACCAAGGAACCCAAGCUCGGUGGUGGCGGAUCGGGGGCCGGCGACGGCGACGACCCGAGGGAAGAAGCUCACGCCGCUGCACCUGGCCGCGAGCCCGCGACACUAGCGGAGGACAAGCGCGACAUCCUACGGUAGGCCAUCACAGGGGCGUUGGGGGACGACGGAGUGGCUCGGGACUUGUUCGAGCACGCGUUGAGCAACGCGCCGGAGAAGCUUCCAUUGCAGUCCUCGCCGUCAAAAUCCGUCCGGGUGUCCACGACACUGGUCGAGGUCCUGCGCCGCGCGCAGUCCACGCAGAAAAAGCGCACGAACGCUGCUCGAUCUGCUCCAGGACUCACAGAUCUCCGUGGAGUAGCUCCACAUCCCCACUCGCUAGAUAAGAUCUUCCCUCGCUUGUUUCUUCCGCUGCUGGUCCGCUGUUUGCUCACUGUUCUGAUGUUUUUUCAGGUCCACAUGCCGAAAGCAAUGGCGACGCUGAGGAGAUAGCUGCUCGUGAAGCCUGCCCGAGCCUCCUCGUGCCAGAUCUGGCCAAACUUGAAUCAGUUGUUUACUGAUUUCUCCCGAGCAUAUGUGUGCUGCUGGCAACUUACCACAUGGGAUUAUUACAGUUGAAGAGGCCAAAGAGUUCUACCCACUCUUUGGGCUAGGUGCCAAUGUGGCACUCAUCUUUUCUGGACACACAUUGAAGUAUUUCUCAAAUAUGAGGAAGAUUAGGUCCUAGAGUGGAUGGUUGGCCAAAUUCGUUGAAGGACAUGACGAGCAUAUUGGUUGUACCGGGUCUUGUCAUCACUGGUGUCUAUUGGGGAGUGAACAGAUUUGUUAUUGAUACCUCAUCAAUGUAGCGGAAAAAGAAGGUCAAACCAAAGCUCAUCAUGGGUGAGAGCUUGAAGGUUCUAUUGUCAUCUUGGUAUGUGAGGGAUUUUGCAACAUUGGUCGUUGAUUAUGGAAUAAGCAUUAACCUUAUCGAGACCGGGACGCCAGUGGGGAGGCGACGGGUGUUCGUGUAGAUAGAGACUGGCUGCAUUCUCGGCAUGUACCUGGACCGCGGGGACAACAUGCACACCGUCAAGCGCUACUUGCAGCUCACGCUCAACGUGCCCAGCGGCGAGACCUUGCUCACCUUCGACGAUCGCGUCCUAGACCAAAAAUGCUUGGGUAAAGGAGUUUGGCUUGGAGGCUAUGUGGAAGAGCCCAAAUGGCACAAUUAGGAACAUUCUGAAUGGCACUGUGUUCAGAGAACCAAUCAUCUGCAAAAAUGUCCCAUAGCUUGUUGUAGAUAUGGAAGGAAGACCACAAUCAUAGAGGGAAAAGAAGAGCAAGUUGAGCUGGAGGUGUUCAACUUCACUGGUGUAGGAGGAGUUGCCUUAUCAAUGUACAACACUGACGAGGUGCACUUGGUGCUUGCUACUAUUCCAUUAAGAAAUGGCCAUUGUAUCUUCGCACCAAGAACAUUAUUUUGAAGAAAUAUUAUGGCAAGUUCAAGUAUCUCCAGUUUCUUGUUUUACCAUAUCCAAUCCAAUUUGUGCAUGGGCCUCCGACGAUGCCACGGUGAUCAAGGUAGACAUCGUCAAUAGCCAUGACACGCUGCUCGCCGUCGUCCAGGUCAUCGCCGACCUCAACCUAAUAAUCUGGAAGGCAUACUUCUCCUCUGAUGGCAGCUGAUUCAUGGACGUGUUCAAUGUCACCGACCGUGAAGUAACAGGGUUCUCGACGCCCAAUCAUCCUACAUCCAGAAGACGCUGUAGGUGGAUGACUGGUACUAUCUGGAGGCACGCAACACGGUGGGCAUCGUGGCAUUGGAGGACUACACCUCCAUCGAUCUCAUGGGCACAGACCCGGGCCUGCUAUUCGAGGCUAUCUGCCCAGUUAACAAGAAGAUGGCUUUUGUCGGUUAUGCCAGAGCAUGAGCUUGUUCAUGUUGGUCCAGAUACCCGCUUGAACUACAAAGUUAUCGAGCUACGAACACUCUCAAACCAAGCCAUAUUCCAGAUCUAGUGUCAAGUUGAAAACGUAAGUGUGACAUAAUAUUUUUAUUGCCAAUCUGUUAUUGUUCAUAUAUUUGAUAAAAGAUUGUUGUCCUACAACUCCAUACUUAAAUUGUAAUACCCACUUUGUAAAAAAAACUAAAGGGAGAGAUUAUAUUCCUUUAUAUGU